AUGCAAGAACAGCCAUGGUGCCAUUUCAUCAUUUUGUUUAGCAUUGCAAACCUCCAGCUCCGUGCUCAUUAUAUGGACCGCUCUGGAAUGAUUAUCUCUCAACCCCUCCCAAUUGGUGCCAAUGCCAUGCGUUUUGUCGAUGUCUUAAACACAAUCACACUAUCAGACCUAGCUUCCCUUGGGUUCGACCCUACCAUUCACAUUUGCACCAACCUCUGCUCCACUGGUUCUCACAAUGAUCUUCCUGAGGGUAUAGAUCAAAUGCUGGAAGGAACAAAAGGCUGGGUGAUGGACAAUGACGCUCACAAAGCAAUGGUCACCCAGCAGAACAUUCUACAUGGUGACCUCAGUCCCAACAAUUUAAUUAUCCACGAUGGAAAGGCUUACUUCAUCGACUUCAAUCAUGCCAAAUUCCUCAAAACCAAUGCAGCAGUCAAUUUGUGUGGUACUGGAACUGUACCCUAUAUUUCCUGCUGUCUUCUCAAGCUCAUGGGAGAUGUUCCGUGUCCAUCCACAAUUGACCACAGAGCCUCUGAUGACCUAGAGUCUCUCUUUUACAUCCUCCUCGAAUUCACAACCACAUAUGAAGGACCCAGUGGUAAAACAUCAGCCGAAGGAGUGCACCCUGUCAAUGCCCCUAGGUGGUGCAAGGCUUACCUGAUGAUGGAUGGAGAUGGUCUGGGGACUAGUGGGUCAUUGAAGAAAGAAUUUCUCACAGAGAAACAUCCGCCCUACAAACCAACACCAUACUUUAAAGCUUGUUGCCCCAUCCUUGAGGAAUGGCGCAAGGCAAUCGGGGACGCACUGCACAACGAAUGUGACUUGUCCCACAAAGAAAUCCUCAAAAUUAUGCAACAGGGUCUGGAGAGAAUUCUAAGUAUACCAGGUACCCCAACAUUGCAAAGUGUUGUGUUUUUGCCAGCGACAUCUGUUGCCACUCCUUCCCCUACUUCUCUUCCUCUCCCCACACAUCCUCAUCACCCCAUUUCUCUCCCUCCUGCUUCUCUCCCACCCCCUCAUAUUGAAGCUAUGGCCCAGGAUGCUGGUGUUCAGCCCCAUCAUUCAGGGUGGCAAACACAGAUGCUGCCUCCUGAACUCCCAUCUGUUACCCAGGGCACAAUUGCUCAUUCAGCUUCUGGUUCCAUGACAUCACAAUUCCAUUCCUCUUCUUCUCCCCCCACUUCUGGGUAA